AUGCGGACCCUCAACAAAGUCAUAGGAGUAUCACCUCUUCUAUUCCUAUCCACUAUCGCAGCACACAGUUCGACUGGGAAUUCUAGUUUUGAUCCCCUCCGAUAUGUCAAUCCACUGAUUGGCACGUCCAACGGGGGACAUGUUUUUGCCGGUGCUAGUUUGCCAUUCGGCAUGGCCAAGGCAGGCCCAGACUCAGAUUACGAUAACCAGGGAGGCUUUUCUACCGAUUCAGGUGGUAUAAUGGGGUUCUCUCAUAUGCAUGACUCCGGCACUGGUGGUGCCGCAUCUAUGGGGACUUUCCCCAUCUUCCCACAUCCAAACUGCACCAAUGACGACAUUACUCAAUGUGUCUAUAGCUCGCCAAAUAGAAACACUGGCUAUGUGGCCGGUUCGGUCACUGCUAAACCGGGGUAUUUCGGCUUCAUGCUCAAAAACGGCGUCCAGACGGAGAUUACGGUUACAAACCACACGGCAUUGUACCGCUUCACCUUUGACCCUAACGUGCAAUACAACAGUCCUGUGAUUCUAGUUGAUCUAGGAGAUUUGCCGCAAUCGCGAUCUAGUGGUACGGCCACUGUGAAUCCUACGUCUGGUCAACUCCAGGUCAGUGGCACAUUUGGCCCUAGUUUUGGCGAUGGAAACUACAAGACGUAUGCCUGCAUUGAUUUUGCGGGAGCCGGAAUUCGGAAUACUGGCACCUUUUUCGGCGACCAAGUUGCCCUCCAGCCUGGUAACGUAUCACAGACAGUGGGAAGUUAUGGCUCCGCCAAGUCAGCUGGUGCAUGGACACAGUUCGCAGGAGCGGUGAAUAAUGAGCUUAAGGUUCGAGUUGGACUGAGUUUGAUAAGCAACGCGGAUGCCUGCAGUAAUGGGCAGAAUGAGAUCCCUAACUUCGAUUUCGAUGCGACGUAUGAAGCAGCACAGCAGGCAUGGACAAACAAGCUCAAUGUUGUUUCAGUGAACCCCGGAGGCGCUUCCGAUGACUUGCAAACGUCUUUCUGGAGCGGCCUUUACAGGUCGAUGUUGAGUCCACAGGACUAUACCGGCCAGAAUCCUUUAUGGCAGAGCGAUGAGCCCUACUAUGAUAGUUAUUACUGUAUCUGGGACUCCUUCCGCUCCAUCCAUCCCCUUCUCACUCUCAUCGAUCCUUAUUCUCAGUCACGCAUGGUUCGCAGUCUAGUCGAUAUAUACCGAAACGAAGGCUAUCUUCCCGACUGCCGCAUGUCCCUAUGCAAAGGAUUCACACAAGGAGGCUCAAAUGCUGAUAUUGUGAUUACCGAUGCCUAUUUGAAAGGGGUUCCUGAUAUUGACUGGAACACCGCUUAUGAAGCCAUUAUUAAAGAUGCCGAGGUAGAGCCAGACAAUUGGUCUGUGGAAGGGCGUGGAAACCUGGACAGUUGGCACAAUCUUGGAUACGUUCCUACCCAUGACAACGACACUAACACGUCCGGUUUCAUGACCGGCAGUAUCUCGCGGACAGUUGAAUAUGCCUACAAUGACUUUUGCAUUGCGACUAUGGCGAAUCAGACCGGCCAAUCGGGUGACUAUAAUAAAUAUAUUGGCCGAGCACAGAAUUGGAAGAAUAUGUUCAACAGCGACACAGCCUCGAGCAUCAACGGAGUUUAUACUGGAUUUACCGGUUUUCUGCAGCCGAAAUAUGAUAAUGGAAGCUGGGGUUCUCAAGAUCCGAUAUUUUGUUCGCCACUGCUGGAUUUCAAUUCUUGCUAUCUUUUCGAGUCAAAUUACGAAACUUAUGAGGGAAGUGCCUGGCUAUACACAUUCUUCGUCCCACAAGACAUGGGCGAACUCAUCGCUACCCUCGGAGGCAAGGACAACUUCACCAGCCGUCUCUCCUAUCUGCAUGAUUCGGGGCUCCUCUACGUCGGCGACGAACAAGCCUUCUUAACUGUGUACCAAUUCCACUACGCCGGGCAUCCCGGUCUAUCCUCAAAGCAAGCGCACGCCUACAUCCCCUCGCAAUUCAACAAUACCAACUCCGGGAUCCCCGGCAACGACGACUCCGGCGCCAUGGGCUCCUUUGAAUCACUCAGCAUGAUGGGCAUUUGGCCCGUUAGCGGACAAGACGUGUACCUGCUCAACCCGCCAUUUUUUGAAGAAGUGUCAAUUACGAAUGCCAUCACAGGCAAAGUGGCGACAAUCCGAAACGCCAAUUUCGACCCUUCGUAUACGAAUAUUUAUAUUCAGAAUGCUACUAGGGAUGGGAAACCCUGGACAAAGAACUGGAUUGAUCAUGACUUUUUCCUUAAUGGUGGGAUCUUGGAGUUUACGUUGGGUGAUAAUGAGAGUGGAUGGGGUACGAACACGGAGGAUCUGCCACCGAGUUUGACGCCGUACAACUUUUAG